AUGUCAAACGUAAGAGAUCGUGGAGCAAAAAAGAUGUGCCGGAUCAAAGCAUUUCCAAAAAUUUUACCGGAUAACACAACAAUUAAUUCGGAAGUCAACUGUCAUCAGCUGGACGAACCGGCUGAUGCAUUUCAACAUAAAAGGCCAGAAUUAAUCAACAGAAUAGGUGUAGUGUUCCAACAACAUAAUGCGAGACCUAAUUCAAGAUUGAUCUAUCACCAAAAGCUUUUACAGCUUGAAUGGGCUAGAAUGCCAGACGCACCAUAUUAUCUAGAACUGGCAUCUUCGGAUUAUUAUUUGUUACGGUCACUGCAAAAUUUUUUAGACGGUAAAACCUUCACUUCAAAUGAGUUGGUCAAAUAUCACCUCGUUCGGUUUUUUGUCAGGAAACACCAAAAAUUUUAUGAUCGUCAAAUAAUUCUACUACCAGAAAGAUGGCAAAACGUAAUGAAACAGAAUGGCCAAAAAAUAAUUUAA